UUCCUGCGGUUAUUUUUGUGAGGUGGGAAUUUGUGUCAAUUGACCCAGCGAGCAGUGUUGACCUUCUCCUCCAAGGAAACUGAAUCCUGCUCUCUGGAGAGCCAGGCUAAGGGGUCUGCUGGAGCACUGAGCCCAAAGCUCCCCCCUCCCCGUCUCUGUCCACUCAGGUUUUCCCCAAGAGUCACAUUCUCAGUGCACUCAGGACCAUCUUUGAGAAGAACGUGCUGGGCUUUGCGGGGGGCACCAUGGGGGCGGUGAAUGGCAUGAGACCCGACGGGGUGCCCGACACCUCCAGCGUCCAGUCCAACGAGGUGUGGAUCGGCGUGGUGUACGCCCUGGCUGCCACCAUGAUCCAGGAGGGGCUGGUGGAGGAAGGCUUCCGUACGGCGGAGGGCUGCUACCGGACGGUGUGGGAGCGGCUGGGCAUGGCUUUCCAGACGCCGGAGGCCUACCGGGAGAAGAAGGUGUACCGCUCACUGGCCUACAUGCGGCCCCUCAGCAUCUGGAGCAUGCAGCUGGCCCUGGAGCGCCGGGCUGGCUGGGCACCCGGACCGCCCUGCCAGGUCCCCAUCCACCCUUGA